UCUUUCUUUUUUUACGAAAGAAGAUAAAAUUUCUCAUUCCCAGUCGUCGGAUCAAAACGCAAACGCCACGUGUCAAAAACCCAUUACUCUCUCUCUCUGUCUCUCUGUCAUCAAAAAAACUGACGAAACCAAACGAUCAGGGUUUGUCACUUUUUUGGGUUUUGCAUACGCAAAAAUUCAGCAAAAAAUGAGCAAGAAAACGGUGGUGGCACCGGCGGAUGAAGAUCCGGUGGCGGUGGUGGCGGAAGAAUGGCGGAAUUGGGACGGUUUAAACCCGGAGAUUCUGGGUCUUAUAUUUGUAAGAAUACCGGUUGAAGAAAUGGUGAGCAUUGUGCCUUUGGUUUGUAAGGGUUGGAUGGAAGUGGUGUACGGGCCGUACUGCUGGUCCGAGGUUGAUCUGGAGGCGUGGUGUCGCCGUCGGAACGACGGUCAUGCGGUGGAUAUGGUGGUGAAGAAGGUGGUAAGGAGGAGUAAGUUUAGGGUUCAACGGUUGUGUGUUUAUGGCAUGGGAGAGAAAGGGUGGUUCCAUGUGGCUUAUUGUGGAAAUUUUCUGAAAGUGCUGCAAAUGCCGAUGACUGAUAUCACUGACAAACUCGUAUCGAAGCACAUAAAGCCACUGCCAAAUCUCACCGUCUUGGAUGUGAGCCAUUGCGUCAACAUCACAAGCGAAGGCCUUAAAACAUUCGGUCACCAAUGCAAGUCGUUGCUUCACUUGAAAAGAAACAUGCCUGCAUUCGAAGACCAGUUGCCUGAUGAUUCUGAAGCCAAAGCCAUAGCCGAGACCAUGCCACAUCUGCAGCAUAUUGAGCUUUGUUUCGGUCGGUUUGGUGAUUCGGGUGUUUCCGAAAUCCUCGCAAAAUGUAAGGCGCUCACUCAUCUUGUCAUUCAAGGGAGUUGGAAUGUGGAGUUGAACGGUGAUCUUGCUGAGAUAUGUGAACGACUCCAGCAUUUUCAUAGCCCGUGGGUUGAUGAUGAUCAUCGGUUCUCUGACAUGAGCGAAUGCAGUGAUGCGAAUUUCACAGAUUCCGAUUCAGAUUGAUUUGGUUGCUUUGGAUGAUAUUAAUAUAUUAUGAUGUUGAGAUUGUUAUAUAUUAUGGGCUAAUAUAUUUUAAUUGAUAAAAAGAUUUCAAGUGCUUUUCUUUGCAAAAUA